CCUAAUUUAACGCUCGGACACUGCGAUCGUUGUAGCCUCAUCGAAAUGACCCAAGGUCCACCGACGCCUCCACCCACCAGCACUACCGAAAUACAAGACCAGGUCAGAGACGCUGUACUUGACGGAUCAUUUGAUCCACCCGCCGAGAGGACACCCUCUCCGCCAUUAGCGGUCCCUACCAUGGACACUUACCAACAAGGCAUUUCCCAAUGUCUACGAACUAGCAAUCCAGCGUGACUUCUCAGCACUUGCACUUUAUUCUGAGACCAUGGACUUGAAGGUGAGACCCACACAACAAAUUUGGUCUCGGGAUAUGCGCUAUGAAUUGCCAGGGACAGAGCCCGCGGAGUCCUUCUCGAUUGCUGUUAAUCGUGCCCCUGACCCUGACCUACCUGAUACUGGAUAACCUCACGCUUGCCCAACUUGCCGUGGCACGCCUGCCUGAGAACUUGCGUUUUCACCCCCUCACAAGGGCCCUCGGGAGCCUGGUAGCAUCAGCAUCGGAACGGGAAUAUACUCAAGUCUACACACACGCCGAAGUCAUGUGUAGCUUGACACAGCAAUCAGAAUCUGCUAAUGAUACCUUGGCGAACCUCAUCACGAACUUGGUAACGCAGUUUGUGGACUCAUUCAGACAGAAGACCUUUACCCUCCUUUCGCGGGCAUUUUCGUCCAUCGAGACCACCCAAGCCCAGGUUUAUCUUGGUGUCUCGCGAGAACAGGUGUUGUCUGCCACCUCUGGAACUUGGCAGUAUGAUUCUGCCUCAGACACGCUCACCCCCCUUCACGAGAACGACACGUCCCUUCACACGAAAUGCCCAGCGCCUUCAUCUCUCGAUACUUUCGAUUCAGUUGCUAGCGAUCUGAUUAAACUAGAAAGUGGUUUGUAAGAAACAAAUGAAAGAACGUAGCAACGUCGGUAGUAGUUGGGGAAAGUUAUGUACCUAAAAAGUUCAUCCCAGUAACGGGUAGAAAGACAGACUAUUGUUCCGUGUGAACGUACCACCGCACCAGAUAGCAUCUGCGCCAGGGAAUCCGUGACGGCGAGCUGUAUGGUCAGGCCGCCCUUCUGCCGCCUCCUAGUAUGUGGGUUAUGCAUGCCUUUGAUGGUUUCCGUCAUUUGCAGUGUACGUGAAACUGGUCAUAACACUUCAUGUUUCGAGUAUAAGGAAUGUUCAUGCAGAUUCACCCCUCCGAUUGGUGUCG